AUAUCUAAAUUGCUACAAUUUUGCCUACUGCCAUCUGUCGGUGAGAUGUAUUUUUAGGUGGCCUUUUCACUAAAAGUGUAUGCCAGUGAGGUAAACAUAAAUAAAUCAGAGCCAUGGUUCGAAUGAACGUUUUAAGUGAUGCUCUUAAAUCUAUAAACAAUGCAGAGAAAAGGGGGAAAAGGCAGGUACUCAUUCGCCCAUGCUCAAAAGUUAUCGUUAAAUUCUUAACAGUGAUGAUGAAGCAUGGAUACAUUGGUGAAUUUGAAAUCGUCGAUGAUCACAGAUCAGGAAAAAUAGUUGUAAAUUUAACAGGAAGAUUAAAUAAGUGUGGCGUUAUUUCUCCUAGAUUUGACGUUCCAAUUAGGCACAUUGAAAAGUGGACUAACAAUCUUUUACCUUCUCGACAGUUUGGAUAUGUAGUUCUCACAACUAGUGGUGGCAUUAUGGACCAUGAAGAAGCAAGGAGAAAACAUUUAGGAGGAAAAAUUUUGGGAUUUUUCUUCUAAUGUAAUUAUUUAAUAAACAAAUUUGUUUAA